AUGUCCUCAGAGGAGGGAUCACUUGCCGUGCCUUUGCGACGCAGCAGUCGAGAGAAGGUCCCCAGCAGCGAUGGUCAGGCCUCCCGCGAGUGGCUGGAGGAAGAUCGCGCCAGCCGUGGUGGCGGCAGCCGAGGAGGUCGCGGUACUCGCGGUACUCGCGGUGGUGGCGGUACUCGCGGUACUCGCGGUGGUGGCAGUACUCGCGGUACUCGCGGUGGUGGCGGUACUCGCGGUACUCGUGGUACUCGCGGUACUCGCGGUACUCGCGGUACUCGCGGUACUCGCGGUACUCGUGCCACUCGCAGUAGCCCAGGAAUCGAGGAGGCCAGCCAACCUCCACCCUCCGCUACGUCCAGCGUUGCGACGCACACGUCUACUACAAGCUCGCCAUCAGCGGCAAGUGUCGAUCCUGCGCAUGGCGAACAGGUCGGUAUCACCGCCAGCGGACCCAUCACGCUCGGUCCUACUGCUGUAUCAUGGGAGGGGUACGACUCGGACCUGAUGGGCUGGGUGGCCAGCACGGACAUGUCCCGCUCGUCGUCGCCAGUGCCGGCGGCCAACGACUCGGUCGAUGAGGCCGCUGGUGGCUUUCGCGAGACCUCUGCUGCCUCCGCGCCGCCCCAGUUCUUCCCGGACAACGCGGAACGUCAAGCUCAUCGCUUGACUAACGCAAGUCACACGGGGAGGAACCCAUCGAGCGCCAAUGACUCUGAAACUACAUCCGCCCUCGUCGCUCCUGCGCCCACCGUCUUCAUGAUCACCAUCGUUCAUCCGCCUCUGGCCCCCCGGGUGUUCGAGAUCCCUUGCCCGCACGCUUCGGCGCCAAGUCUGCGGAUGGCUUUGGUCGUUGCUACGGAGAGCGAUUCUGCGCUACGGGAUGCGAUAGCCUCACUUCAGCCGUUGACGGAGUUCAUAGUCAUGAAUCUGACGAACCACACACCUGGUACUCCAACAUCGCCUCCCUAUCGCCCACCGACACCUACUCUCGCCGCCUUGUUCGACAUUUCGAACCGUCAUGUGGGAUCGGCACUCCAGCCGCUGGAACUGUCUCACACCCGUCUUGACCUUGCGCUGGCACGCGCGAUGGUGUUCCCAAUCCAAAUCGUGCACGUUGACCUGGAGCAGCCGUCAGCAGUGUCUUCAACGCCCGACUUGAUGGCGCUUCCUCCCAUUUCGCCUUCUCCACCGUCGGACUGCGGCGCCUCACCUGUUGCUGACAGUAGCCUGCCCGAUCCCGCUUCGCUGCGCGAACUCCGCCUCCGCGAUAUCCUACGCCGCCGGUCUUCGGCUAUGGAGCUAUUCCCAGCACCGGAAGCCACCGCGGACGCAUCUGCACCCCCAACAAACUCAGACCGCUCAGACGUUGGUUGGGCGAGCACCUACUCUGCAGGCCACCCAUCGCCGCUGUCCAUGCCGGGCGAGCCUAAUCCCCCUGUGCAACUGAGCGAGACUACACCUAUGAUCCCGGCAACCGCCUCGCCGUCACCGUCAGGCGAAUCUGACGCUCAUGCGUAUCCGAGGGAGACCGCUCCUACGAUCACGGAGGCACGGUCGCCGUCGCCGCCAGGCGAAUCCAACUCCCAUGCGCAUCUGAGCGCAACCGCACCGACGAUCACGGCGGCUGCCUCGCCGUCGUCAGCCUUGGCGAUGGCCGGCAGCGUGGCCUUUCAGUACGCAACACCUCAUGCGGGCGUUGCUGCGACUUCGUCGACAGGCAACAGCGGUGUUGCCAUCUCAGAGCAAGUGCAGGUUUACCUGGGUGGGCGGUUCACCGCGGAUCGUGAGCGGCACCAGCGGUGGACGAAAGCCAGGUACGGUACGCUAUACAUAGCUUUGCUCGACCUUCGCUCGGUCGACAAAGUGUGUAACGCACUAGGCAUCUCUACUCAGCGCCACUCCAAGCGGUCAACAUCCGUCUUCUUGCCGUCGGGGGAAGUCACGGUGACGGAGGGCGACAUAGCAAAGUUUUUCGGUAUCCAGCUCGGUACCCUGCGCAACUAUCGCACCAAGGCCAAUUUGAUGAAGAACACGCUGCAGCAGCUCUCGAACGCGCAAGCCCUUCCGUCUUCCUCCCCGGCAUAUGCGUAUGCCACCACCCAAAGCACCUUGGUGGACUGCCUGCGCGCGGCGCUGAAUGAUGAAGAUGUCCUGCUUCCAACCACCCAUUCGCACUAUAACACCCCUGAGAACUCUGUGGCCGCCCGGACGGUGGCCGAUUGGUCCCUGGCGGUGGUGGAGAAGGAGUGCUCGCGCGUGCAAGAGCACUUGGGCAGGUUGUCCGCACGGACGGCGGUCGACGAUGGGGGUACAUUGGGAGUGGUGUAA